AUGUUUAGCAUUAGAGGUUGUCACAACCUUGCUUCCAGAGCAUUGGUGAGAAGAAACUUACACACAGCAACUCUAUUACAGUCUCCCAGGUUUGUUAAUCACAAUUUCAAUAACCGUACGAGGGUAACGAAAGAGAUAUCACCUGAAGAAGUACGACAAUUUCAGGAGGCACAAGCAAGAGCUAGGGAACAGGGUCAAGCUCCGCGGAAUCCAUAUUCACGUCAGUUUAACAAUGAUCCAUGUUAUUCAUUUCAUUUACCUGACAACACCAAUGGAAUAAUCACUCCACAUGAUCCAAUAUAUGACAUUCUCAAGGAACCCACUUUGGUGAUAGAACGUCAAAUAGAAUUUAUGAAUCUUUUCAUUGGAUUUGAACAAGCUAAUCGAUAUGUUAUUAUGAAUGCACUGGGUGAGACAAUUGGCUAUAUGGAAGAAAAGGAUGUUGGGUUUGGCAAAAUGUUGGGACGACAAUUCUUCAGACUACAUCGACCAUUUGAUAUUGAUGUGUUCAACGCUAGAGGUGAAUUGGCAUUGAGCAUUAAAAGACCAUUUUCAUGGAUCAAUUCACACAUCAAGGCAUUGUUGCCUGGUUAUGAUCAUAAUAAUGAAAUUAUGUAUGAAGUUGUUGGUGAGUCGGUGCAAUCUUGGCAUUUGUGGAGACGAAAAUAUAAUUUGUUCAAAUUGGAAGAUGAAACAACAGAUGAAUACGAACAGUUUGGUGCUGUUGAUGCUCCGUUCUUGUCAUUUGAUUUCCCAGUGAAAAAUGCUGCUGGAGAAGUAAUAGCCAGUAUUGACAGAAACUGGGUGGGCUUGGGUAGAGAAAUGUUCACUGAUACAGGGGUUUAUAUUUUAAGGUAUGAUCCAAAGAGUUUUGAAGGUAUGGAAGAUGCUUAUGGAACUAUUUCGAAACAAGGAAUUACAUUAGACCAAAGAGCGGUGAUCUUGUCGUGUUUCACAAGUAUAGAUUUCGACUACUUUUCUCGACACAGUGGAGGACACGGUUUGUUUCCAUUCGGAGGAUCUUACGAUGAUGUAUAG